UCUUAAAAAUCUUUGUCCUCUUUGCGGCUUGUACAAUGUAGAAUAAAUAACAAAGUUUGGAGCUUAAAGCAUAAUAAUACGUACGCUUAAGAAUUAUCACCAUGUGGCACCAAAAUUAUCGCAGAAUCGUUUGUAUGCUUUUCCAGCUGCAUCGCGAAAGUUUUCCCAAAAUAUUAAAAAGUUACUGUUUAUUUGCAUACAGCUUGUGUUUAUCCUGCUAAAUUAUUAAUAAAUUGCCGUCAUAUGAUUACAAUUAUAACGAAAAAACUACAAGAUGGGACUGAUUACUUCGUGUUUGGCGUUUGCUCGGAAUGGGCUGGGACUGGAGCCAGUGUCAAAUGCUCCCGCGUUUAAUAACAGUAACAUGCAGCCAGGAAUGGUCAGUAACAUUGAUCCCGCGCGAAUAAUGGGAACACGCCCGCGAAUAUUACGGCAUCGUUGUCGGAUCAGGAUUCUGCACAGCCUGAUUAUUGCUACGAGCGUUUGCGUGCUGAUUGUGGACAUCGCCGGGCGUGUCACGAGCGAGGACGAUCCGAUUUCUACAAUGAUGCCAGCCAUUUGGAUCGGUAUUCCGGCCUGCACCGCGGCCUCCUUCGGCAUCUGCUCCAUGUCGCGCUACACCACGCCCUAUCGGCGGAAGUGUUUAUUCACUGCCCAGUACGUGUUCUUCAUAUUCUGCUGUAUGCUAAUCAUUGGACUGGGCAUCUACAUGGCCACAGAAUUCCGAUCGUAUAUGGACAAAGCCGAGUACAUCAAUCCUAUCAAUCCGGUAGUAAAUAUGCAGGGAAAUGCGACGGUUACCGCAUUUCCGAUGUCCAUUUCUCUGCAACAGACCAUCAACCGAUCCCUCAUCGUUAUUCGCGCUGUGGAGUUGUCGUUCAUGAUGCUCCUGCUGAUCCUGUGCAUUGUCAGUGCCUGCUUGGUCGGAAGGGAAUUAUGUCCGGAAUGUGGAUGCGAUUGUGACUGCGACUGUGACGACGAUGACAUGCGACCGGUGGCACCGGUUCAGCCACCGGCAGCCCAGCGCGCUGCACCCACUGGAGCCACAUAGUGAAGCGGAUUAUGGAACACUAAAAAUCUUGGACUUUUCCAGUGACCACGCCUGAAUUUUAUGAGUAUUUCGGCCGGCAGCCCCAGUACAUCACAGUGCCCACGGUGCCGGUCAUCUCACAGCCGUUCAUGGCGGAAGAGGCGAGGCAUGAGUACUCUCAUGCGGCUAAUACUGGUUUGGAGCAAAUCAGGCGCGCUACCGGCAAGUUGUUCCGCCGUGUGGAUAAAGGUCCCGCGCCGACUGCGCCGCCACCGCCUUCCUAUUCCGAAGCGACAAAGGAAACUCUGUAUUGACCUUCCGUCGCGUACAUUCAACGGUUAUCCCACUGAUUUUCAGUGUGUUCACCGCGAACAACCAUAUUACCUGCUUUCAGAAAGGCCGAUUUUGGAUUUUAGUAAGGAGUUUUUACUGGGAUUAAUGUCUAGCUAGUGGAGUGUAGGACCGACCGAGCUCUGCCCGUACGUUAAACCAGUGAACUACAGUGCAUAAGUGCAUCAUUGUUUUAUAAAAUGGGUUGUUGGCUCAAAACCGUAUACCGCGGAACCGGGCUCAACUUUUGCAGUGCCCGCCUAGCUUGGAGUGUUCAUUUGGGAAAACCGAGCCGACAAUCAGCAGCUGAAAUUUAAAAAGUUGGCUAUUUUUUUGUUUUCGGAUUAGAAAUGCACCCUAUACAUAUUAGAAAGUCAAAAAGCAGUAAAGGCAAAAUGUGUGAUAACUGCGCGUUCCUGUGCAUUUUCCAUAAGUUUUGCUUCGCUGUUCUUGUACAGUUGUACACUUGUUCUGUA